GUUGCAUUAAUAGUGGAAGUACGCCCUCAGAGAGUUGUCCCAUCGUUUCACGCAACUCAACUCUUGCAAGCUCCAAAAGGACAUUAUGUGGAACUGAGUUUCUCCUUGAAGACUUCAAAUCCAACACCAUGCAUUGAUGACAUGUACCUUGAGGUUCGCGAUGGAUACAACAAGUCUUCCAGUAUUCUUGGUGUAUUUUGUGGGAGAAACAUUUCUGGUGUUGUGCGAUCCAGCGGACAGAGCUUGUGGUUGAGAAAAUCAGAUACAUUCAAUUACCAUUUCAGCGGUUCGUACAGUAACAAAACAGCUAAUGCAACAGGCAAGUAUUGACUAAAUGAAUUUUUUUAACCCACUGAAAGACACAAUGUGCAUUUGGGGAGUUUUACACCUCUGAUAAAAGAAAAAUGGCCAUAGCUAGUGCUUCUUGUACUCAACUGCUUUUGUAAUUGCGAAGAAUAAUUAUUUUUUUAUUUUUUUCCAGUCAAACCCAACCUUGAUAAAGUGGCCGAGACUCAGUUCGUUCUUCUCAAUCAUUCCUCAUCUCUUUGGUGUCCAGCAAAAGGAGCACCGGCGCCGGUCAUUGUUUGGAGAAAGAACGGCACUGUGGUACAGAACAGUACAAGUGUACAGUAUAAGCUGAACAUCACUGGAGAAAACAAUGACGAUUACAGUUGUGAGGUGAACACACAGGAAGUUUUUGACAAGAAACGAAUCCGUCUUGUCAUCGAGAGUGAGUUUUAGUUAUAAAAAUGUGAUUCUUAACCUAAUAAGGCUAGGAGGGAAAUAUAUCGCAAAUUGCAGAGUUUCUAUACAUUGGUAGUAAAUUAACAAAUCCUAACGCUUUUUAACCUGUCUUCGCACCUAAAAGGCUGACACAAUAGUUUUGUUGAUCCAGCAUAAAAUUCUCUUGCCUUAGACUGGAUUGUUAUUGACUGUUACAGGGUAAUCUAGUAUUAUCAACUGAGUUGAUGUCGUAAAGUGGCCACCGUGAAGAGUUUGAAAGCUUACGUUUCGAGCUUUAGCCCUUCGUCAGAGCGACAGACGCAGCACCACAGAUUCUCUUGGAACUUACCCGCUUUAGUAUUGAGUGUUCAUGAGGAACUUUGAGGCUUUUUCAGAGGACUCAAAUGCACUCCUGCAGCAUUUCCGACAAAAUAGACAAACAGGUAUUCACUAACUUACCUCAAACGAUACGAUGAUAAAAGCAUAUCUUUUUCCUUUCUUUCUAGGGUGUCCAGAUCCCUGCCGGUGUACCACGGCAGUUGGAAUUAUGCGCGCCGUUACCCGCGUUGAAUGUGAAAGAAAACGUUUACAGUCUGUUCCACGUCACUUGCCCUUUUCUACGGAGAAAUUGUAAGUAUCAGUUCUUCUUUUUUUUGAUAGGUUGGGGGGGAGGAUGGGGGCGAGGGGAAAGGAAUACACGAACUUGAAACGGUCGACUUUACUCAAGGAUACUAAUCCCCCAUUCAGGAAUUUGGAUGACAACCAAAUAGAGGAGCUCCCACCUGGAGUCUUCGAUAACAACACCGAGUUGGCCAUCUUGUGAGUAGACAAUAUAUAUGCUUAUGUUGAUAAUGACGCGCAAUGAGUUACGUAUUGCUUAAUGUCUGACGCUUGGUGGGUGUAGUCAGUUAUGAGCCAUGGCAGUAAAACAGGGGGGGUUGGUUUGUUGAUUGGCAAUGUUGAAUAGAUGGAGGUAACCAAAACAAGGCUAUCACAGGAUGUUGGUGAUCUAGAUGCAACAAUUUCAUUUGCUAUCUCUGUGCAGUUUUGAUUGUUUGUUUGUUUGUUUUUGUAUUCGUCCUAUUUACAUACGCUACAUAUCCUGUUCGGCCAUUGUGAUAAAAUGAGGCAGGGAGAAUACGGAAGGUGAUCCUCCUCGCAGAUUUUCUCGCUUUAGCUGUAUAGCGUCGCCCACCCCUCCCGCCUCUUUCCUCUCUUUACCAACACAGCAGUAAUACUCUCUUGUGUGGUGGCUAAACAAAGUUUCAACUCCUUUAGAUGGCUACGCAGGAACAAGAUCAGGAAGUUACGAGAUGACUCAUUUUCUCAGUUGGUCAAGCUGCGAAUGCUGUAAGUUACAACCCUUAAAUAUUCCCAUGUUACACAGGCCAAUUACAAGAAAACCACGUUCAGAUAUAUGUACGACUAACUCAGCGAGUCAACCUUUGACACAGAUAACAAGUUCAAUGGCCGUCAACUAAGUAUUUUCCUUUUUUCAUCUGAGAGUUAAGUAACAACCUUUUCUCAGGAGCUUAGAAAAGAAUCAGAUGAAGCAGCCACCAGCUGGAGUCUUCAAUAGAAAAACAGAGAUGACCCUCUAGUUAACAACCAAAUCAUACUUCAGCACACCAGUAUCCAAAAUAUGCCCAAAUAAUUGUCCGCAGACAGAGCACGACGCUCGAGGGAAACUGAGAGCUUCGAGGAACAAAGGAGCCAGGUGGGAUCAGUCAUCAUCCAUUAGGUUUAAAGGGGGGACUACCAAAAUUGACUGCAUAAAAUUGCCUAGACUACCUGCAUAGCCUUAUGGGGGAUCAGUUGAAUUUUAUAAUGACACAAACAAAAUUCUCUGACCCCUGCCCCCCGCCCACCCAGAGGAUAAAUGAUGACCGGUUUCUAAGGUCUCGAGAGCUUUCGCUUUAACUCCCAGGGUCUUCUUCAGAAGGAGAGGAGUCUGGAAAGAAGUUAAGAGUUAAUUUCUAUUUCCACAGAUGUACUUUCCAAACCAUUUAGGUCUGUUAAAAUUUUAUGAGCUGAUUAAUGUGCUUUAUUUUUGUUCGGUAAGGGACUCUAUAGCACUAUUUACGAUGUUUUUACCCAUUUUCAGUUCUUCAUUCAACGAAGAUACAAAAAAAGAUAGUGAGAAAAAUACGAUUUAUCCGUCAUCUCAUGGACGUUUUCUCAAAAAUGAAAACGGCUGCAAAGAAAAAAUAUUGCUUAACUUUUACUUACUCUAGGAAUCAUAAUUACCAAUGAAUGAGAGAGAUCCUAAAUUAAGUUAUGUUCAUUUCUUAGGUAUUUAAAUGGAAACCAAAUCAAGGAGCUACCACCCGGAGUCUUUAAAAACAAUUCCGAGUUGUUUUACCUGUAAGUAACAGAUUAAUAAGUUUAUAUAUUAAAUUGUGUUUGAUAUGAUCUGAAAAUCACCUUAAUACAGUUUAAUCUCCUUGACUCUGGUAUUGAGCUCUUUGUUUGAGUUUGCUCCAUAUAGAGUUGGUAAAAUUAUCCUUUUUCUCUAAAACUGAGCGUACGGGUAUUUAAACUCAGGGGCCGUUCGACAGCCACAAUAUGCGAGUAAGAGAGAGUGGCAUCAAUCGUAGAACCUUCGAGUUAAAACAGAUUCAAAUAUCUUUUUUUAUCAGUUACUUAAAGAGAAUUUCUUAACUGUUACUGAUGACGAAUUCCGCCUUCUAGUAUCUAUCCCGUUUGCCUAUGCGAGCACAUCCUCAUGACUGGUAACAAUAAUUUAUUCUCAGAUUUCAAAACACCUGAAAAUUUUCACUCAGAAACAGCAUCAAGAAAUUGCGUUGAUCAACCCGCAAGCGUUGUAAAUUUAAAAUUACUAAAACGGAUCCUAUCACACGCUAAAAAAUCGUGGUUGCAACGGCGGGGUUGAAAUUCUCUGUCCCAGUUCGCAUAUUUACCAAACCCCAGUUUCCAAACUUUGAUAGAAAUUCUAUCCAAUUGUCAUCAAUCCUAUUGCUUUCCAAAAAAAAAGUCGGAGGAACACUUUUUACGUUAUAUUAAUCUAAUUUAUUCAGCCCAUACCAUCACGUAGUCUAAUGUCAUAAUAUCAAUCCAAGAGAGUACAAACUGGUAAACGUUUUAGAUUCCCUUUACCAAUCCUAAUACAUUUAGAAUUGUCCAGAGAGAGAAAUUUACCUUAAUCUUCAAGUCAAGGUCCCUUUUUUUUUUAGAGAAACCCGAUCUCAGUCAUAACUUAUCCCUUUCAAAAGUUUCAAAACAAGUCAGAUGAACACCUUUCACGGGGUAUUUUCCCUUGACGCAAGCAAUAUAAAAAUUGAUCAAAUUAUACUUUUUGCUUAGAGAAACUCAGCCAUUCGAAAGAAUGAUCUUUUUCAAAUUCUUUAAAGAAUCAUAGUUCUCCAAGCUCCAGCUCCAUGCAGCUUCAGCUGCAUUAAAGGACUUCAAAAACUUUUUAAAAGAUGUUUAGAGGUACUACUCUUAUUCGCACUAGGUGGUAACUCUCAUUCCUAGCCCCUAGAUUCGCUCUUUUCCCAUGCAGAAUAAAUAAACCUCAGUCCUCUUACCUCAAUGCCUAUUUACUCUGCUAGGACACUUCAUAGCCUUUCGAUUAUAUCUGCGUGGUACCAAUGACGACCCAAUACUAAUUAAUGACUUGAGUCAUUAAAGUUGAUAAAAAUCAAGCCUUUACAUAACUGGUUUACACUAUCACGUGUAGCAUCAUCUUACUUCAUAAUCAGCAAGACUGUGGUAAGACUUUCAACAAACAACCAGGUUGAGCACACGCAAGAUGCAAGAAUAAAAACAGUUAUGUUGAUGAGAACAAUCCCAUUAGUAAUCAUCAUCCACUUAUAAAAAAAAUGCUAUUGUCUCUGUUCUAUGUCUAACCCAGAGCAUCUUCUAAUGUCAACAUAAGCCAAUGAUUCUUGGUAUAUCGUUUAUGUAGGUACUUAUAUGACAAUCAGAUAGCAGAACUGCCACGUGGAGUCUUCAACUACAACACCAAGUUGAUUCGACUGUAAGUAAACAACCUUUUAAGAAGUCCCCAUGCUUAGCAGAGGGUCAGUUUACAAUUCAGAUGGCAAGAUCCAAACCCCAUAUCCCAGUUGGUAUAUUUAACGAUUCGCGGUUCCAAAUUUUAAGAGAAAUCGCAUCCCCAUUGUUAUAACUCCAACAAGCUUCCAAAAGGCUUAAAGAGACGUAAUCUACCAAAAAGAUGGACAAGAAAUUUGAAUUUAAUAUGUGUAGAAAAAUAAACAAACUUCAAUUGUAUAUAUCUUUUGAUUUCUCAUCAAAAGAGGCAGCUCAUUUCAAGCGCGGACAACGAAAAAUACAUCUCGCUUUUCUACUUAAACGAUGUCAAAAUGUAGUGUACGUGGAAAUGCCUCGUUUUUUAGGCCAUGAAGCAAAGCAGCUUAUAUCAAGCGCAGUGACUUGCAGCGACUUACGGCGCUUUACGUAGACAAAUGCAGCAAGCGUGGUAUAUGGCUAAAUAUGCAUCGAUUUUAAAGCCAUGGAGCGGAACAGCCCAUAACAAACGCGAAGGACUUGAAAGAUACCUCGUUCUUCAAGCGCGGAUGACUUCAAAUCUCGUUCUUCAACCCUUAAAGCAAAAAUACGCUUUACACAGAAAUAUAAAGUCCAGUAUACGGGAAAUAUGCCUCUUUCUUAAAGCCCUGAAGCAAAGCAGCCAAUUUCAAGCGGGGAUGACUUGAUUUAUAUUGUGUUCUUCCAAACAUUUAAACAAAACGGCGCUUACCGCAGAAACAUUGGAUGCAGCUUACGAAAAAUAUGCCUCGUUUGUAAAGCCAUGAAGCAAAAGGACUCAUUUCAAGGGCGGAUCACGUGAAACAAAUGGUAUUCCUCGACCCAUUAAGCGAAACCACGUUUCGCACCGGCAUGUGCAGUAUAUGCGUGAAAUAUGCCUUUUUCGCCAGGCAAGGAAACGAAGUUGUUAGAUGCUGAAUUCGAUAGAAGUAAAAUCUGUUUUACUAUUUCCCUUUUGAGGUGAACGAAGUUGGCAAACAGAAAUAUGAAAUAACACAAUGCCAGUCACAAGAGAUCACUCUCUCAAAGUACGUCGGCAGUUUCCUGCAUUCCUUAUAUUUUUAUGACAAUCGAUAUGCCGAGUAGUUCGAGAAUUGAAAAGUUGCCGUUGAGUUACUCUUCCGAGUCAGCUAGGUGGAAGGUAUUGCAUGAAAAAAAAAAAAAAAGAAAAAAGAAAAAGAAAAAAAAAAUUGACAAAGGUUCCUUUUGUUCAUUCGGCCAAUUUCACAGAAUUUUGUCCAUUCUACAUACGCUACUAGUCUGUUUUAAGAGGGUAAAUUUGUCAAAAUGAUAUUGCGGGUAUUGGUCUUUUUAACCUCUCGCGAUCUCGCCCCUCUUCGUCUCUUCGUCUGAAUGUUUCAUGAUAUGAAAUUAACCCCUCUAUAAUUAUUUCCUCAGACCAUAAUGCAAAAGCGUUUGAAAACAGAGUUGAGUUUAAGUAGAGUUUGGUUGUGAAGUGUCUUCAGCCGUCUUGCAGCCGAGGUUUAGUCAAGUAACCAUAUAGUCAGUGCUUUUUUUCGGUUUAUCGAAUUGACGAUCGCGUCAAAUUUAUCACUACCCUAUAUCAUUCAAAGGCAUCGUUUCAUACUGCCUAGAAGCCUAGCGCGUUCGAGAUUGCCUUCGUCUGUAUAUUUUUUUGAACAGACUUUUUACUUCAGUGCAGAUCGGUUUUGCCAAGCCGGCACCUUGAGUAAGAUUUUAUUUCAAAAGUUGUUGAAUGAACCAUAGCGUUGCGUGAACAUUGUGAAAACGCUAAGGAAAGAAAAGCCCAUGUUAAUAAAAUUGCCCUAUGGAUCUGUGAUCUGCGUUGUUUAGUUUUCGUUUACCCGUCAACAUCGCUUGGUUAUUUUGGAAAACUAGUGAAGCUGAAUGGUGGAAGAUCAAUGAUGUAUGGCAACUAUAUAUAUCCUUUAGAACUUUUAAUAAUGAAAAGCCGAUUAGUGUAGCCAUCUUGAGUGAGAACUUUCCAUCUUAUCCUAUCUUGUCUCUAAACUUGCCCUUUUUUUGGUUUGCGUGACACUUAUGUAUUCCUUUUAGUCGUAAGUGAAGUGAUGUGCGUUUUCUCUGGGGAGACCGAUUUAUGAGCUUUUAGCGCAAAAUCCAAUGAAUUAGGGUGAAAAAUAACUUUAUCCUUUAAAAAACAGCUUGGUUAAUACACAGAGUUAGUCGUCCCCCCUUCUAACUCUAGUCUAUACUUUUUUGAUAAUUCUAUAUUCUAGUAGGAAUUGACACUUUUUGCGUGCUUUACCAGCUCCAUGAAUAAAUAUUCAGUUUAAAAUGUAUGCAGUUAAAAGGCUGCACGCGCGCAACACGCAAACUGCGUGUCAUUACACGCACCUGCAAGUGUGAGUUUGAAAAACGUAUACAUAACACAAAUCAUUUUACUAGCUCAGUAUGCACAUUAAACAUGUGUACUAAGAUAAUUGAUUCACAAUUAUUCGUAAGAUUUUUGACGAACAUGGGCAUAUAUAGUGAAAACGAAUUUUGGGCGACUUGCCAUAAUAUUUCAAAUUUGUCUGAUGGAUGCUGACAUCCUCUCUUAAGAACCCAUUCCAGCGUGAUCGUAGCAGGGCGGGAUGGAAACGGUAUGUUUGGAUGCGAAAGAAUCAAAUAUGUGUGGUGCAAGUAUCGGUUUCGGUGGCAAAGGGAUGUCUCAGGCGUGCGAGAUCUCGGCUGUUGGCAGCUGUUCUGAGGCGUCAAGAUGGGGAUUUGAGAGUGUUCCGGUACUAUGUGAUGUUCCACGUCAAUGGAAUUCGUCUGCAGGAUCUUAACCAGUGCCAGCUUUGCACAUUCUGAGCUAGAAAGGAGAGGUGGCUCACCUUUUACCCAUUGGUUUGAGCUAAGAGUUUUCAUAGGUGAAUAAGGUUGCCUUGUUGUGAGGAGAUAGUUUAUUUCGUCCGCCCUAUAGGGAUCAACGAUUGAGCAAUUUCAUCUGGCAGUGUGUUGCAUGUGGAGGCAGUAUGUAACUGCACCAUGAUUGCUUUGUUUAUGUCCUUGGUCACACCCAGUUCCAAGGGGCUGGACAAUUUACGCCCCAGGGCCGCGCCUCUUGGAUUUUUUGUUGUAGACAGUUUGAGCAUGUACUUCUGGUUUGAUAUCAACUGUAAAGAGAUCAAUUUCAUGCUCUUCCCCUGAACUGGCAGUAAGAUGGUGUGCCUGGGGUUUGGUAUCAGAAAUCCAAUUUCAAUCGUUCAAAAUCCCAUUUAAAUUCACGUUUCAUGGAGUUUUUCCCCACGCACAAGACCACAUUUUUUGUAACGACUCAUACAGAGGAUCUGUUAAAUUUUAUCGCAACACAACCCAAAUCCUCUGACUCCUCCCUUUCGCCAACUCAGGCGAUAAAUUAUGACCGGUGACGAAGGUCUCGAGGGAUUUUAAAUUUUUUUAUUAAUCCCACCAGCUUCAAAAAAAGGGUUCAGAGAGAUGGAGAGAUGGAGAGAUGGAGAGUUCAAAACUCAACCAGUCGAGAGGAAAUUCAAGUCAACAAGUAACAAAAUCAACAAAUUCCAACCUCCUCCUUCCCACUUCCCCUCCCACUUUAAGAACAUAUUGUUAGUUCGUAAUACUGAGAUCAAAGUCGAACAUCUCACAUCGCGUAUUUACCAAAACUCGGCUCUAAAUUUUAAUUGCCCACUGGUCCAUAUGAUCGGCUGCAUUGAAAAUCAACUAAACCUAUGUUACCUGCAGGUGAGCUAAAAUUUUAGCACUUGCCGAAAAGGAAUCUAAAAUAAAAAAAAAAAAAACAUUCUCUGAACCUCUAAACUUUGCCUUGCUCCCAAAUUUGCUACAUUUUUGUUUAUUAAGAGAUUUCACAACAUAUUUUAAAUCAUAUUUGGACCCAUAUCCAGUUUAAUUUUACUAACUCAAUUUAAAUAGAAAAUUUUCAAAAGGAGAUGAUGCACCUCAGAAUCAUGUUUACCCAUGAAGAUGAGGUCUUAUAUUCAAUGAUAUGUCCAUUUCAUAGGUACUUACAUCGAAACCAAAUCAAGGAGCUACCACCAAGAGUCUUCGAUAACAACUCCGAGCUGACUCAGCUGUAA